UUGUGCAGCGAGGCGCCUGCAGCCAUGAGGUUACUAGAAAUUGUGAUAUUGACUUUAAUCGUAGUAUAUCCAGAUGGUGGGCUCUCAAUCAAGCGACCCAAUAAGGCAUCCAAGAAACCAGAUAUUAAUGGUCCUUGCGGCAAGCGGUAUUUGCGCCAGAUAAACGGUAAAUGCUAUUAUUUUGCAGGCAAAAAGAUGAACUGGUUCGGGGCACAGAACAAUUGCCUGCGCAAGAACCUCAAUCUUGCCGAUCUGGCCACAAGGGAGGAAUACAAUGGCAUCGUGUAUUACCUGAGAGCGCGCGGCAACAUGGAGGACUUUUGGUUCGGUGGCAAUGACCUGCAGACGGAGGGUCGUUUCACCUACAUUAGCACUGGUCGACCGGUACGCUAUUUCGGAGGUCUCAAAGGCAUUGAGGCCACAUUUCGCGCAAAUUUGGAUGAUUGCCUGGAGAUAAGGCUGAGGCAGAAUACCACCGGUAUUACCGAUGACAAUUGCCAGGAGAAACAAUAUUUUAUAUGCCAGACGAAUGCUGUCAAGUGUGCUCAGCCAGUGGAAGGUGGAGCAAACGAUACGCAUCAUAGCCAUGAGCAUUUGCAUCACUUCCAUCAUGAUGCGGAAAAAGGCAAGGACAGGGAUGGCUCGGGAAAUAGAGAUAAUGAACAGAGAGAUGUGGAAAGCGAUUCGCGGCCGGCUGAUAAUUCGAAUUCAACGGAAGUUAGGGAACUACCAACCGAAGUAUCGGGUGAAAACACAUCAGCGUAUGGGGAGGAGAAUACACCAAUGGCAGAGGAGAGUUUAGGCACAACAGUUGUGCCACCCGAUGAUGGCGGAGAAGGAACGUUACCAGCUCCAGAGGGAACAGCAACAGCAAAUGGAACGGAAACUUCUGGACCGUCUAAAGCUGACGGAGAAACUCCAGUGCCACCUGCAGAAGGUGCAGAAACUCCAGUGCCACCUGCAGAAGGAGCCGAAACUCCAGUGCCACCUGCAGCAGGAGUGCCACCAGCAGAAGGCGCAGAAGCUGCAGCGCCGCCUGCAGAAGGCGCAGAAGCUGCAGCGCCACCUGCAGAAGGCGCAGAAGCUGCAGCGCCACCUGCAGAAGGCGCAGGAGCUGCAGCACCACCUGCAGAAGGUGCAGAAACUCCAGCAGCACCUGCAGGAGAUGGCGCACAACCUCCUGUUGAAGGCGCAGCCGCAGAGCCAGCACCACCUGGCAGCGGAGAACCUGCAAAGCCAUCUGAAGAUCAAGCAGAGACUCCUGCACCAGACAAUCCUGAUAAUCCAGCCGGCCGUGCUCCCAAAACAACACCCGUAGAAAUAACAACAACAACUGUGCGCUACGAGAAACCGGAUGAAGCUCACGGCAAAACUGAUUUGGCAACAAAGAACCUAGAUGGAGAGCUCGUUUCGCCAGUGCCAGUGCCAGUGCAUGACGAGACAACAUCGGAACAUUGAUGGAAUAUCGGUGACACCUGAAAUCGGCGCUCAACAAGCACCUGAAAUAACCCCCAAUCCAAAUGCGUUUGUAAAAAUCGAAUUUCCAAUGCACAAAUAAAACGCCAGAGAUCUCGCCUGGCCUCUAUAUAAAUAAGUCAA